UCUACCUGAACUAGAUCAUUCUAUUGUGUUAUUCUGGAUUGAGAAAGAUGCAUUGGAGCAUUCUAUUAGGAUUCUGGCAUUUUGCAUACAAACGACAUGUCUGUCAAUUCUGAUCAUUUCCACUCUAUAGAUUUGUUUGCAACUUUGACUAUUUUCAUCUAUUUCAUGGAAUAUAGUGUUUGAAGGAGAGAUGAAAUCAUUUGUUACUGUUCUCUUGUCUCAUCAAUCUGCUCAAAAUAUUGCUGCUAUAGUUAAUUUCCUGCCCCUCCUGAAACGAUAGUGCUUUUCCUUUCUGCUUUCGUUCUUUUUAACCUAGCUGAUCUGUUUUAAAUCAGAUCUUUUUAGAAUCUUAAUGGUCUCCUUUGAAUCACCACCACUCAACUGUUUCUACUGCAGGAGCUCACUUUCCAAUAGCUUUAGUUAUAGAAUUGUCUCUCUUUUUUAUAGCCUGUUUGGCCUAGCUUCCAGAAUCUGCUUAUUUUGAGAAGUGCUAUUGUCAAAAGUGAUUCUCGGAAAAGUACUUUUGAAGAGUAGCAUUUUGUGUUUGGCUAAUCGAUUUCGAAAGCACUUUUGCCAAUAUUAUAGCAGUACUUUGUGCUUGGCUAAUGUUCCAAAAGUUCUUUUGGAGAAAGCUACUUUUUUUAGCUUUUAAAAAACAGCUUCUGCCACUACUCAAAAGCACUUAUUUUUUCCCUAGAAGCUUGGACAAACACCUCAAAUUUCUAAAAUAAGCACUUUUGGCUUCCUAGAAGCUUGGCCAAAUAGGCUAAUUAGUCUGCAUAGAACCAUGUUGGUCUCAGCUCUGCUUCUGAGAUAUUGAUCUUGAUUGUGUGCCGUAAGUAUUACAUGAUCUGUGCAUAAUUUAUGCUAUGAUUCUCACACCUUAUGCCUUAGGAUGCAAGGACCACUCUUGCUUGAAGGUGCGUGGACAUGAUUUUUUUUGCAGGAAUUCUCUCCUGGAUCCAGUGGCCAAAUGACCACAAUGUGCGUAUAUGUGCGUGACUUAUUUCUCGGGCAGUAUUAUUUUGACACACUACUACCCCGCAUUCCUGUUCCUGUUAUGCGGACAGCAGUUGCCAGUCUCGAAAAAAUGAAUCUGCCGACCAAACCCUCUGGAUCAAUCGGGGACUCUAGUCGCGGAUCUGAGGAAACUUCUCGCCGGCCACCUUCUGUCAAAGCUUCCCUUUCAGUGUCCUUUGGUCAGCGUGCACCCCAUCGGGCAUCAACUAGAGAUUCAUCUCCCAUCCGACGAACAAUUGCACCACCACCCUAUGAUAAGGAUGGAGCAAAUGAUUCCAGACGGUCCCCUAGCAUGCGCCGGAGUCAAAGCCGUGAUUUAUCUGACCGAGAAAAUUCUGAAAGGGGCAGGGACAGGGACAGGGACAAGGAAAGAACUAGGGACAGAGAACGUGAUAGGGACCAGGAAAGAGAAAGGGAGAGGGAGAGGGGCAGGGAUCGGGAUAGAGAUAGAAGGUAUGAUCACGAAAGAGAUCGUGAAAGGGAUAGAGACAGGAGGCAUGAUUAUGACAGAGAUCGGGGAAGGGAUAGAGACAGGAGGUAUGAUUAUGAUCGAAGGUCAAUAGAGAGAAGCAGAAGAGACUAUGAGAGGAGCAGGAGCCGUAGUAGGAGUAGAAGCCACAGCCGAAGCUUGCAUGAUCAAGGUACCAGUCUUGAUCAGCAGCGAACUCCACCUAGGGAUGAAAGCAAGGAGAAGAAGGCUGCAUCUAGCAAUCUGGCCAAGCUUAAACAUCUGUAUGGUGACUUCGGCAAUAAAAAGGAGAACUCAGGCGACGACAGGGCUCCAAAUAGGGAUACAAGUACCGAGGAGGUUAUCAGACUUGGUGGUUCUACGUGGAGGUAGUUGGUCACAUUACAUGUUGCAAGUGUUAUUUGGAUACUCUCUCUCACCUGCCCAGAAGAGCACGCUGUCUGCUAGUCUUUUGUCAAAGAGGGAAUAUGCAACUGAUAGCUGCCGCGAGGACAUACUGCUUCAUGAUUGUGCAGUUGGGCAGAGCUGUGUAAACUGGAUUUCCUUUACUAUUUUAGACUUGGUGUUACAAUAUUGGAUGGAUUUUAGAUGUCCCUUUGUUUGUUCAAACAUUAUUAUUACGUUAGAUGAAGCUGACUUCAACUACGUAAAGCAAUUGACAAACUUGUAAGACUCAUUCAUCAUUGCAGGAUUUGAUCUCUUCUAUACUUUUUGCUUUGCUUA